AUGGCUGUAGAGAUAACAGAUGACAGUCUUAGGUUGAUGCAAGAAUGGGCAGAUAAGAACAAUGAGUUAUUGUCAGCAGAGAUCAAUACAAAGCUACAAAUACAGGUCAUUCUAGGAUUGACAGUUGUAUUGGUAACAUUACUUGCGAUGACAUGUCUGGUAUGGUUCCUGAAUAAGAAGACUAUAUCGGAAUACUAUAGAACUAAACAACAGAGUACUUUAUCAUUGUUUGCAACUGAGAUAAAUCAAGUUGAUACACCAUUCACUCCAAUAACUAAAGAGAUUGAGCAGAAGAUACGAAAGUGA